GCCUAUAAAACUAUUCUUGAGAUGUCUCCAUACCGGAUUGUAUAUGGAAAAGCAUGUACCCGAAGGAAGUUACAAAUAUCAGAGAUAGAAGAGUUGAGGAACAAUGCAUAUGAUAACUCUAGGAUCUACAAGACUAAAUUGAAAGCAACUCUGGCAAGCAGAUCCUAAGAAAGAACUUUGAGCCAAAUCAAAAAGUGCAUCUUUAUGAUUCUCAUUUACAUCUCCAUCCAAGAAAGCUAAGAUCUAGAUAGACAGGUCCAUUUGUGGUGAAACGAGUUUUUCUUAAUGUUGCGGUUGAGAUUGAGGAUCCAAUCGAUGGGAGAAUUUUUUGAGUUAAUGGAAUAUGGUUGAAGUAGUAUGUGGAGCGAGUAGACCAACCCGAGGAAAUCGUUCUUGUGGCUCCAACCUAUAAUACUUAAUCAGGUUCUGUCUUUCCAUAAUAUCAUUUUUUUCUUUCUUUUCUUUUAUUUGUUUUUGCUUUUAUUUAUUAGCUUAUCUUUUAUUAGGUUAGGUUUCUAGGUUUCUUUCCGUAGCUAUUACUAUUGUAGGUUUGCUUUUAUUUCUUUUAUUCUAUGCCAGUGAGGACACUGUCUCAUUUAGGUUGGGGGUGGUUGCACUGCAUGCACAUUUUAUGCACACUUUUGAUAUACAUUCUCUUCCAAAAAAAAAGGAAAUAAAAAAAAAAAGAACAAAAAAAAAGCCAAUGCCUUGCUUAUUCCUUUUACUUUGGUAAUUCUUGUGUGAAAGGGUUUAUUUAUGCUUUUCUACCUAGGUAUUAUUUCAAAAUUACUUGUUUAAAUCACUUUCUCUAUCUUGAUUAUUAAAGAGUAACUUCUAAAAACCUUUUGCACAGAAUACUAAGCUUUGUGGUUAGAUGGAUGUUCAAUAUGUAUAGCCAAGAGAAUUAUCAGGUUUAAGUGCACUGUUUUUUUAUACUCACACAUCUUUUGUGAGUGAGUGGAGAGUUGAGUAAACAACUUAUGAACUUUCAUUGCUUAGUUGAAUUGGUUAGUUGCUAUUUA